CACUCACACAAAUUUACAUCUCUUUGGUGUGAGAACGAUGGGAAUUGGAACAAGAAGAAGAGUGAACAUUGAAAGGGAAGGGAAGUAGUAAUUUCCAAAAUGGCACUCUAGUCCUGUGACACACGUUUUAGUUAAUUUUUAUAAUGUUUUUACUGGAUAUUUAAUCACGUUUUUCGCGUUUGUUGUAUUAUUUAUUGUUCAGUUUUUUGAGCCUGUGUAAUAUAUAAAAGUUCAUAGUUUAUUGUUGAAUAGUUUUGUAAGUGAGAGAAUUCAAAAUGCAAUCCGAAUAUUUAACACAGAAACACUUGUCUGGAUUUGAACAUUACAAAUUCCAUCGAUACAAGUCCUAUCAGUGUGUACAUCAUGCAUCCGUUCUGGAACAAAGUAGUCGAGUGGGUUCCAAAAUCGGUGGCGCCCAAUGUGUUGACGUUUGUUGGAUUCCUAUUCACAGCUGGAGCGUGUUUAUUGCUCUCCAUUUAUGACUAUCAUUUCUAUGCGAACAGCACUGAUUUCCCACAAUACGCUACUAUUCCUCGAUGGGUCUACCUGGUGACUGCUCUUAGUAUAUUUAUAGCUUAUACGUUAGAUGGUAUUGAUGGCAAACAAGCCAGGCGUACCAAUACAAGUGGUCCUCUGGGGAACUUUUCGACCACGGAUUAGACUCUUGGACAGCUGUGCUCAUUCCCACCUGUUUGUACUCCAUAUUUGGCCGCACUGAUUUCUCAGUGCCACCACUACGCUUCU